GUCAUUCGAUAAAUUAGUACCAAAUUAGGAGAAGGAGAAGGCGACUGUGUUGUUGAUCCACAAUCGGAUCCUUUUUACUGGCCAGCUGCUGUGAGCUGUAGCAAACACAGGAGGAAGUUAAGCCUUGACGUAAGCAACAGUUGCCGGCGAAGGAAAUGGAGGACAAGGGCAAAGGAAGCGAGAGAUUUGGGGGAGCCAUAGCCAAUCUGACCGAGAUGGCUCUCAAUUUGGAGUCACUCCAGAAGCUGCUCCUCAAGAAGGCCGUCUUUGUCGAUGAAGAGACCUUCACCAAAGCCUCACUUUGUUCUGAACAAGCUCGUACCAUUAAGGUUCUUGAACAAAGGGUUGAAACUUUGGAACGAGAACUUGAUGCUGCCAUUACAGCUGCUGCACGUGCUCGUUCAGAAAAACGCCAGGCUGAGGCAGCAGAGAAGGCUGCUGAGUUACGAGCACAGGAAGUUACAAAAGAGCUCGAGAACACCUCAAAGGUAUUUGAGCUGCACAUGGAGGAGUUGCGUGCAAAGCAACAAGAAAUCUCUAAGCGUGAUAAGGAUAUCAAACUUUUGGAAGCUAUAAUUCAGACACUUGGUGGAAACGAAGCGCAUAAAAGAACUGUAUAGAAAUUCUCUCUUUUGAAAUAUGUAUCAAAUUAGUUUUAAUUUUUUUCCUUUUUAAAGAAGAAAGAUCGUAUAUAUUUAGGCACAGUUGCUUUCCAAAAAGAUGGGAUGGAUCCACACUCUUAACAAUUUCAGCUUUGCUUCAACAGUAGAUGAAUUAUGUGGGUCUGCUAUAUCUC